AUGGCCGCCAAGAAAUUCCCCCGUAACCCUAACCUAAUCAACGGAAUCUCCAAAUUCUUCUAUUCCAAAAUGUACCACAAAAAGGGCCUUUGGGCUAUCAAGAAGAAAAACGGUGUCAAAUUCCCCACCCACCCAAAAUCCACCGCCGCCAUUGAUCCUCCCUCAACCAUCACCGUCAAACCACCAAAAUUCUACCCAGCCGAUGAUGUGGAAAAACCCCUCAUCAACAAACACAAACCAAAACCCACAAAAUUGAGAGCCAAUAUUACACCUGGUACUGUUUUGAUUAUUCUAGCUGGGAGAUUUAAGGGAAAAAGAGUUGUGUUCUUGAAACAACUUGUGUGUUUUGUACUGUUACUUAUUAGUGGGUCGUUUAAGGUUAAUGGGGUUCCAUUAAGGAGAGUUAAUCAAGCUUAUGUUAUUGCUACUUCAACGAAAGUCGAUGUUAGUGGAGUUAAGAUUGACAAGAUUCAACGAAAGUUUAUGUUAUCCUUAUCUUUGUUGUGGUUGUAUUAUCGUUGUUGUUCAUUGUAA